AGAAAAAUGAGAAGUUCCCGGGGUUUUAUCCACUCCAUUUCUCUCCUCUCUUUGUUCCUUUCUUGCUAAAACCCUCCUUACUUUCCCCUAAUCUUCUUCCUAAUUCCUCAAAUCAAUUGCAAAAAUCCCCAUUAAGGUUUAUAACUUUUUACGCAUUUACGGAAGAAUGUGAGAUAUUCUCUCUCCACUCUCCAAAUUCUGCACUCAAUUCAUAGGAAAAGCUUAACUUCAUCUCAAAUUGAACGCAGAAUUGAAAAGAGAAAAGCAGAAAUAUUUUGUUGGGAAUCUUUGCCUGACAAUGUGGGGUUGUGGUUAUGAGCACUUCCGUAGUGUUAGUUGACAAUUUAAUGGUCUUCAAUCCUAGUUUAUGCACUUCAAUUCAUAGGAAAAACAGCAACCUUUUGCCCAAUUUCAGUAUUAGGGAAGAUUUUGGGAGUAGGAAUCAGCGGAUUUUAGGGUUAGUAGUUCCGAAUGCGAAGAAAAGGGGACUUAAUCCGAGGAAGAAGAGUUGGUGGCAGAGGUUUUUCUUUGAAGAAGAUGGGAAUUGGCUUGGUUUAAGGGAGGAAGAUUUGGAGGAGUCUGAAGAGGAGAGGGAAAUUGAAGUUGAGGGUUUUGAUAAGGAAGAAGGGGUUUCGGAGAAGGAGAAGUUCGAGGCGUGGAAGAAUCGAGCUGAGGCGAUUAUUGAGUUGAGAGAGGCACAAGAGGGGAUUAGGAAUGAGAAGAAUAGGAAUUGGGAGGAUUGGCUUGUUUUUGAGGAGGGAAAUGGGGCAGUUAGUAGAGAAUGGGAUUAUGCUGAUGUUGAUGAUGUGAGUGAAUUGAAGAAAGAUGAUGUUGAUGGUGACCCUGAUGAGAUAAUUCCUGAGAGGGGUUUGGUUAAGACUCUUGAGAAUUUCAUUCUUGGGAAGGAAGAUGAUGAUUUGUUGUAUGAAGACCGUGUUUUUCAAUUUGCUUCGAGGAAUUCGGCUAAAUUUUUGGCUGUUUUGAUAGUUAUACCAUGGGCAUUGGAUUUUCUUGUCCAUGAUUAUGUUCUCAUGCCUUUUUUAGACAGAUAUGUCAAGACUGUACCACUUGCUGCAGAGUUGCUUGAUGUGCGUAGAGAUCAAAAGCUCGAAAUGGUCAAGGAAUUAAAUACUGAGAAAGCAAGGCUUCGGUUUGAAGCUGAAAUUGGUAAAGCACCUCCACUUUCUGAGGAGGAGGCGUGGUGGGAAUUGCGGCAUAAAGCGCUAGAGCUGCGAGAUGAAUUGAGAUUAACUAAUCGGAAUGCAUUUGCCAACAUAUGGUCUGAUACGGUCUUUGGGACAUCAGUGUUCCUUUUAUUGUACUUCAACCCGAGCAAAGUGGCUUUACUGAAAUUCACAGGAUACAAAAUUAUCAACAACAUUACAGACACUGGAAAAGCAUUUCUCAUUAUUCUUAUCACUGAUAUAUUUCUUGGGUAUCAUUCUGAGUCUGGAUGGCAAACCGUAUGUGAAGUCUUUGUCGAGCAUUAUGGCCUGGAUAUUGAUCAAUCUGCCAUUACGAUAUUUAUAUGCCUGGUACCAGUUAUCAUGGAUGCUUGUGUGAAGCUUUGGUUGUUCAAGUUCCUACCAAGAUUAUCCCCGAAAGUGUAUAAUAUCUUCCACGAAAUGAAACGUCACUGAAGAGAUUUUCCCUCAAUAACAUACAGAAUAAUGUGCUAGGAGCAUUUUCCCCAUCACAAAUUCUUUAGCCUUCAACAGAGGCAUUUGUCAGAGGCGAUCAAAUUGGGAGCUGAAUUUUGAGUGUGAGUUAUGUAUAGUUUGAUUCUUCUUGUGAAUGGGCUUUCUUCAAAGUGUUGAAGUCAUAAAUUUUCACUAUACUCCAUAUUAUUGUAAAGUUCAGAAUUCACUUCUGAUUUUUGUUAUGAAACAUCAAAUUCAAAUUUUGGACGGAGCACGAACAUGAUGUUAUCAGUGAAAUCAGUCUGGAAUUUUGUUUUCA